CGAAAACAGUUCUCGGAAGAUUCCUGGGUUGGCCUUGUCCUUCUAUAAAUUUUGAUCUUUCAGACGAAUUCAUAAGUAUGAAUCUCAGCCUUUGGGGAGCAAAACAUGGAUAAAUCUCUGCUUUUUUUUGUUGGGUUUUCUUGUUUUCUGCUAAUCCAUGGGGUUAAAGCGGAAGACUGUAAUCAUCUGACAGAGACGGACAACACAAGGUUUCAAUCGUUCAAGGCUUUAGUACCAGAAGAGCAGCCUUACAGAACAGCUUAUCACUUCCAGUCUCUUAAAAACUGGUUGAAUGAUCCUAAUGGGCCAAUGUACUACAAUGGAGUUUAUCACUUGUUCUACCAAUACAAUCCACACAGCGCAUUGUUUGGUGAAGGAAUGGUGUGGGCACAUUCUGCUUCAUAUGAUUUUAUUAACUGGAUCAGUCUUGAUCAUGCACUUGUUCCAUCCGAGCCAUUUGACGCCAUAAGUUGCUGGUCCGGUUCAACAACGAUCCUUCCAGGGAAUAAACCGGUCAUUUUAUACACCGGCAUUGAUGCUAACUAUAACCAGGUUCAAAACCUGGCAACCCCAAAAAAUCGAUCCGACCCCUUGCUAGUUGAAUGGGUCAAAUACUCCGGAAACCCUCUAAUGACUCCACCAAAUGGUGUUAAUGGAGAUAACUUUAGAGAUCCAACAACUGCUUGGCAGGGUCCCGAUGGAACCUGGAAAGUAGUCAUUGGAAGCUAUAGCAAUAAACAGGGCGUGGCCAUACUCUACCAAAGUAAAGAUUUUGUUAACUGGACUAUGCAUCCAGAACCACUUUAUUCGGCAUCGAAAACCACUAUGUGGGAGUGCCCGGACUUCUUUCCCGUGUCGAUUACCAGCACCAAUGGGGUCGACGCCUCUGUCGCAAAUCCGAGUGUUAGGCAUGUUAUGAAGGCAAGCUUCAAUUCUCAUGAUUACUACAUUGUGGGGACUUAUGAUAACGAGCAGGAAAAGUUCCUUCCUGAUGCCGACUUUACGGGAACCAGUUCAGACUUGAGAAUUGACUACGGUAAAUUCUAUGCCUCGAAGACAUUCUUUGACAGUAAGACGAACCGAAGGAUACUAUGGGCUUGGGUAAAUGAAUCCGAUAGUUCUGAAGAUGAUAAACAGAAAGGAUGGUCUGGACUUCAGGCGAUUCCGAGGAAGGUUUGGCUAGACAGAGCCGGAAAACAAUUAGUACAGUGGCCAGUGGAAGAACUCAACAAUCUACGUGACAAUCAAGUCGAUAUUUAUGGAAAGCAUCUCGCAAGAGGAUCGAUUUUUGAAGUUUCGGGCAUCACUGCUUCACAGGUCGAUACAGAAAUAAUGUUUGAAUUGCCUGAACUAGAAGAGACAGGGUUCAUGGAUACCAGUUUGGUUGAUCCCCACCUAAUCUGCGACAGACAAGACUCAUCUGUCACCGGAAAAUACGGACCAUUUGGUUUAUUCGCUUUAGCAACAAAGGACUUGAAAGAACGAACUGCGAUUUUCUUUAGGAUUUUUCGAAGCGAUAACAGAUAUGUAGUACUUAUGUGCAGUGAGCAGAAGAGGUCUUCGUUGCGCAACAACUUGGACAAAACCACGUACGGAGCUUUUGUCGACAUCGACCCACACCACGAAAUGGUUUCAUUAAGAACCUUGAUCGAUCACUCGAUAAUUGAGAGUUUCGGUGGAAAAGGAAAAACUUGUAUCACAGCAAGAGUUUAUCCAAAGCUGGCUAUCAACAACGAAGCCCAUCUUUUUGCAUUCAACAAUGGAACUAUGAGUGUAACAAUUUCAAGCUUGCAUGCAUGGAGUAUGAAUAAAGCCCUGAUUAACUACAGGGGAAGCUUGGAGGACACGGAAUCGUGCUAGGACAGCGAAAACCGAAACUAUACCAGAGCAUUUCUCGAGAAAUAAGUAAACAAGGUGGCCCCUUGUUCAUGUCUAGGAAAUUACAGCUACAAUUGCAAUGGUCAUUGAUGUACCUUAUUGAUUUGUUGUUGAUUUAGCUUCUGAGAAACUUUUAGAAAUGAAAAGAUGAACUCUUUUUAUUC